GUCGGGAGGAAAAUAAUCGGUGACGUUCCCCUCGCUUGCUUUUUGUAGGGCGGCGGGACUCUGCUGUUUUUGAUGGAUCGCCAAGAGCCAAUCAGAGCUCUCCGUGGGACAGCACCGUAGAGAUGUGGCCAAUCCGUUGCCUAGCUACACCUUUCAAUCAACCCCGGUUCUGGCGAGUGGGCGGGGCGUUCGGUCGGCUGUAGUUCCGUCAUCUCGCUCGUCUCCGAGGCUACAGGGGGCCAAUGUUGAUUUGGGCUAAUUCCCGUCGUUGUCGGACCCCGCCGAUGUUUAAUUUUUAAAGCUGGGUUCGGUAACGAAAAGCGGAAGGCUUUCGGUUGAGAAUACCGCAUCCCCGCCGUCGGUAUCGCUGUUUUUUGGGCUGGGGGAGAGGUGGGGAGCCGGGGGGCCUCGCUCGGAGGGGGCUGCAAGGAGGGACAGGAGAAGACUGGAUCCUCCGUGUUCAGGCCAGCUGCGCCGAGGUCGGCCUGACAGUCGAGUGAAGCCCCAGCGACCGAGAUACCACAGCGACAGCUCCCCGUGGAUUUAAGCUCGAUAUCGGUCGCCGGUUGUUGAUGAGCGCGGAGUGAGUGAGUGAAGCCCGCUGCACUACCCCGUCUCGUCUCGCCGUGGCACCGCAUCAGCAGCUGUCAGGCUAUUAAAGAUCAAGACCUCGGAGUUAACGCUUGGUAACUGUUACAACUGGAUUUAGGAAUCACCGUUCAGACCUAAUCGAGCUUAGACCGGCUUGAGAGGGCUGCAGGGCGGCCAAGAAGCCACGGAUUGCCCGUUGACAAGUUGUCAUCAUGGGCAACGCGCCCACGGCCAGGAAGGGCAGCGAGAUGGAAAGCGUCAAGGAGUUCCUUGCUAAAGCCAAAGAGGACUUUCUCAAGAAGUGGGAGAACCCUGCACAGAACACUGCUUGCCUGGAGCAGUUUGAGAGGUUGAAAACCCUGGGCACGGGCUCAUUUGGCCGUGUGAUGCUGGUGAGGCACAAAGAAACAGGACAGCAUUAUGCCAUGAAGAUCCUCAACAAGCAGAAGGUGGUGAAGCUCAAGCAGAUAGAGCACACUCUGAAUGAGAAGAGGAUUCUUCAGGCUGUCAGCUUUCCUUUUCUGGUGCGGUUAGAGUACUCGUUCAAGGACAACACUAACCUCUACAUGGUGAUGGAGUAUGUACCAGGUGGAGAGAUGUUCUCCCAUCUACGGAGAAUUGGCAGAUUUAGUGAGCCUCACGCUCGGUUCUACGCUGCUCAGAUUGUCCUGACCUUUGAGUACCUGCACGCUCUGGACCUGAUCUACAGAGACCUGAAACCUGAAAAUCUGCUCAUAGACCAACAGGGCUACAUACAGGUGACAGAUUUUGGCUUUGCCAAACGUGUAAAGGGCCGGACCUGGACACUGUGUGGCACCCCAGAAUAUCUGGCCCCAGAGAUUAUUCUCAGCAAGGGGUAUAACAAGGCAGUAGACUGGUGGGCACUGGGCGUACUCGUUUAUGAGAUGGCAGCAGGGUACCCUCCUUUCUUUGCUGACCAGCCCAUUCAGAUCUAUGAAAAGAUCGUAUCGGGGAAGGUGCGUUUCCCAUCUCACUUCAGUUCAGACCUGAAGGACCUCCUGAGGAACCUAUUACAGGUGGAUCUCACAAAACGUUACGGGAACCUCAAGAACGGGGUCAACGACAUCAAGGGACACAAGUGGUUUGCAACCACUGACUGGAUUGCCAUCUACCAGAAAAAGGUGGAAGCUCCCUUCGUCCCCAAGUUCAAAGGACCAGGCGACACCAGCAACUUUGACGACUACGAGGAGGAGGAGAUCCGCGUCUCCUUCACUGAGAAAUGUGCCAAGGAGUUUGCAGAGUUCUAGAGUUAGAGAGCGAGAGAGGAAGAAAGAAGGAAGUAGGGAGAGUCAAAGGUAGGCUGGUCAAGUGGGAGACGUAAGGAGAGAGUACUGUCUCCUGUCCAAUCACAAGCACCAGCUACAAAAAGAGGGAAAAUGGGAUAGAGAAGGGAAAAAGAGCAAGGAGACUGAUAACCAGCAGUGUUGCCUUUUCUGUUGCGUUUCUGUUGUAUUUUAUUUAUUAUUCUGUCUUAUUUAUGGAUCCCUUUAUAAUGAAGGUGUGCUUCAGAUUCAUGGGUGUUGGGAACCCCCCCCACACACACACACACACACACACACACUUAUUUAGAGUUGCCUCUGCGCAUUUUCACCCAAGAUCUUCCCUGCUCUUUUAUUGUUUCAUUCGUCAUUUAGUCACUUUUGGCCCACAUCAUAGAGAAAUCCGUUGGUCUGUUCUGAGCCGCUGCAGUCUGUUGGUCUUUACCUGCAGCCCGUUGAGGCAUACAAGUUUCUGAAAUCUAAACUGCUAAACCAGCUAACUUGCUCUUUCCCUGGUGAGCAAGAGGAGCAUUAAAGUGAACAUUUAAACAACUCACACACAUAUGCACUUCAAUAACUUUUAUGUUUUUGCCGUCACAACUUUAAUUUUACUUAUAUAUUUAAACCAUAACUGUUUCAUACCAUAGACGGCAUACUUAGAGUCACUGGCACGAUUGGCCAAAAGAAAAAACGGUGCGUUGUGUGCUCAAACUAAUUCCGGACCGAGACAGAUACAGGGGACACUUACAGGGGGAAAAAGUCAGUUAAGUUUACUGUCUGACUCAUCUAUUCUUCUUAUCAUUGUUAGCAUAGUCAGACUUUGUGCAUAUCUACAGCACUCAAUCUUUAAACGUUACUAGAUACUUAGUGGCUCCAACGAUAUCACGUCAUGCUAACUAACAAGGAAAUGUGCAUAGGGAAAGGGAAAUAUCUCAGUUUUAACGGUGUUGUGAAAGAACACCAUAACAUAAUGGUAUCUCAGGUUUGAACAUAUCACACAUUUUAGCAUCAGGAUUAGCAGGUAAAGAAAGAUGUGUGAGACAUUUGUUUAUGAUGUAGAUUUGGGAAUUUAACAUUCUGGUUAGCACUAAGAUGAACAUAAGAGAAUAUUUAGACUUUUAGUUUUCUGCGUAUUCUACAGUUUCCCCUUCGAGAAGAUUUUGUUUUGCGAACAGCUCUGUUUGGUCUUAAAAGCACUCGCUGUCUAUGCUCAAAGCUCACUCAAUAGUCAAGUUGAUUUGACGCUUUGAAUCAACCGUUUGUCCCCGGCCAACUCCAACUAAAAGACAUCAUCCGAGGCAGACUACCUCGAACUGCCUCUGGCUGUCGGUCACCAGAGCACUCUGACCAGUCUUUGAAGGUUGCCUGGAUAGUGUGCUUUAAGGUCUUUUAUAGAAACCUGUGUUCAUCUUCCCAUUUCUCCUCCCUCUUAUCACUUGCAAAGUUGGACCACACUCCAUAUUGACAGUCUUACGUGUGACAGCAAUGCCAUUCUCAUCUUGUGUGUUCACAUGCACAGUUUUUGUUCCGUUUAGUUUCUAAUGUAAGGAUGACUUGCACUGCAUUGACCAAGUUCGUAACGGGUUCGAGCACCUGGAGUUGAAGAUAGUGGGAAUAGCACUGAGAAAAGACAACAGUGUUAGUGCUCGGUAUGCUGCCUGCCUAUAUUAAGUACAUGAGGCAUAGCACUUCAGUGUUCAGAGCCUCCUUAGCUCCUGAACUGGUGGUCGUAGAGCUCAACAGUGAGGUUCUGGAAGUUAAAAUCCUGUUCAUAUUUUAAAUAGGCGAUUUCAAAUUUUUAGCCAUUGUGUCGUCCAUCCAAGCUAGUCCGUAUGAUAUCAACCUUGUGUGAGGAAAAACAGAUUCUAGAGAAUCACUGCAAGUCAGUGCGGGCUUUGAGCUUUGAAGGCUGGCUAGUUAGUGAGUCUACAGGAAACUGCAUGAGUCCAAUGCAGUGGUCACGAUUCAUCUCAUUGUUGGCUGGCUCGGCUCCACGCUUAAAGCUCUUUAUAUAAGGAGUUUAAAUGGAGUAAAUAAAAUGGGAACUGACUUCCGGAGCCGUUCUAAAAGUGGGCGGUCACUGUUGAGCUCUGUCGUAGGAUUUGGUCAUUCUGAACUUAUCAAGUGAAACCAGGUAACACCAGUGUCUGUUUCAAACAUUCAAAGGCCUUCUUCACAGCUGUACUUCAAUGGGCCAUCAUGGUGAAAAUAUUCUAAAUUGGCUCAUACAGACACUCUGGUUUUUCCCUGAUCAUUUUACAAUCCUGAUAUUUUUGGAUCACAUGAGUCCUUCAUGUCCGAUAUGAGAAGAAUAACAAUUGUGUGCGUCUGUGAUACACACACACACACACACACAGCUAUACAUUACAAUGGAACCAGUCAUAUGGACAUCAAAAUCACCAUCAAGGAAUUUUCAAGGUGGGCCAAAUGCCAAGUGAUGGCCAAAUAGAGGGCCCCAGGCCUCUAUUAACCCACGAUUCCUCCCACUCUCUUUACAUCAUGUACAGUAUCACCAUGGUGGAAUAAUACAUGGCCCCUGGUUUACUGUGUGCUAAUUUGAUUUCAACACAAAUUAGCGCAAUAUCAGCUGAGUUAAUGAAGGUCUAAAGGGUCACUCCAGUAAUUCACUUCCAUAAAACUUGAAAGAGACUUGCAGCAGGGGCCUAGAUACCCUGACUAUUAUUCCAUGUUCACGUCAUAUGAGAUGGAGAUGGGAAAGAUGUUAACAACUUGUGACCGUUGACAUCAUCUGAUAACUCAAGAAGGUUGAUUGAUAACUGAUUUGGCUUUUCUAGAGUUUAAAAUACCGUGUAUUGAUAACAUGACAUUAUAUCCAUUCAUUUUGGGUUUAAUUACAUUGAAUGAAGGACUUUGGCUGCCAUUAAGUUGUCCAUGUUUGUUUUGUUUUCCGGCACUUCUGUAUUAUUAAGAAAAGAGUUUCUAUAUAUAUAUGUGUGUGUUUGUGUGUGUGUGUGUGUGUGUGAGCGUGCACACACACACACCACAAACCAGUUGCUGCAGUGAGUCUGGGGCUUUUAGGGGGCCUUGGAGAUCUGGGGCCCUGGGCAGCUUCCCUCUUUGCCCAGUUGGUAAGCCAAUGUACAAUAAAUAGGCUUUUGAUUGAUUUGUUUUCUAUCAAAGAAAUGAGUCACAUACAAGGCAACUAACUUGUGACCAAAAGGGCCCAUCCCCUUCCCCCACAUUACCCGACUUUUCACUACUUUUCAUAUUCAGUGCUCAGAUUCUCUCACUGUGAGGUGAAACAGCUGAAAACAUUUCAUUGAUCAUUGGCACAUAAAUGCUGACAAGAGCUACAUGGUGGAUAUCAUACACCCUACUUGUAGUUAUCAGCUGGUUUAUUGGUUAUUAUUGACUAAUUUACAAACCUUUUAUUAUUAUUAUUAUUAUUAUUAUUAUUACAUUGUUGUAAACCACUUGUUGACACUACACAUUCGCUGUAUUUCCUCCAUGUCAAGUUUAAUGUUGACUAUAUCAUCAUGGACAAAAUGUUUGAAGUUAUAAUACAAUAUUAUUCUGUGUCUCCUCGAUGUUUUUUGCAGUGAUACAACUUCCUCUCGAUGCAGGCACAAUGCUGGUACAUACUGUCGCACUUUUUAGGGAAAUGAGACCCCAAUAUAAACCAUGUUAACCCCCGCCACACAUACACACACACGUAUACACCCCACACACACACACACACACACUGCAAAGGGAAGCGUCUAAAGUCACGGGAGCAGUGACAGAAAAACACGAAGUGUAAUAUUUUGCAACAUGAGUAUCAUUCCAAUAAAGUUUUACUUGUAAAAUUCUA